GCAAAUAGCUGAGGUAACUAUCGUAUCUCAGACUUUUGUUUCCUUUUUAGCGUUCGAAGUCAUAAAAAGUGUGAAAGGUUGUAGGGGAGCAUAAUGGAGGAUGUCGAUGACCCCAUUGACUGGGUAAAACCGCAACCUGGACAAAAUACGAUUUCCUUGUUGUUGAAUCUCGACGAUUUCAAGGGAAAAGUCGCUGACGACCCUGCAAAUCUAUGCUGUGUGAUAGUGACGUCGACUCUUUGCCGACAUAGCGGCAUCACGAAAGUACCAUAUCCGAAGCAUUUUUCAGGCGAAGAAAGACUUGAUGAGACGGAGUACGACGACGACGACGACGAUGAAAAUGAUGACACGGAAGACAACGCAGAUGAUAAUCCUCAAGAAUCUUUUUUUAAACAGAUCAAAAUGAAUUUGGUCCUAUCUGAGCAAGACGUACAGAAGCGGCGUCACGUUCGCUUCUUCCAUGUGUGUGCGUGUAUGAAAGAGGAGACGGAUAUUCGCCGGCUCAUAGCGGCAUCUCCCGUCUUCAAAAUGACUGGCCGCGCGCCAACCGAGCAGGAGCGCGCAUCACUUCACCACAUGGCGCACAAACAGCUGGUUGAAUUGCUUCACUUUUUAGAGGUGUACAGCACACCAAGUAUGUUUUUCUUUGUGCGCGGUGAGAAGGUCCGGUAUCCGACCAAAGAAGGGGCAGAUGUGGCGGGGGUCGAAGCGCUCACGAACCCAAAGGGUCGCCUGUACCCGCGCGACUUGCUGGUAGCCACGGGGAGCAACUACGUCAAGUGGAAGUACAUCAUGCGGAACGCGGUGGUGAUUCGCAACGAGAUACUGAAAGACUACGACGCGGAGAUGCGCGAAAUGGCCAAGCGGGAACGCAUGGAUGCACGUCGGAGGAGGAUAUUAGAGCGCAAAAAUUCCAGAAAACAAGCAGAGGAGUCUGAAGAAUUCGACUAUAAUUCCGAGGACGGAUACUAGCUGGGAAGUGCUUUUCUCCAAUAAUAUGUGGUUCUUUGUUUUAAUGUACAUAUCAAUUUUCCGUUUGCAGUUGUUUACAAGCGACGCGUGCAUGUAAGCGUCCUCUACACAUCACCACCAACAACCAAAAGGGAAAAAAACAAGAAAA